AUGUGUGCUUUUGGUUUCCGUGUUAACAAGUACACUGCGGGCAUAGCCGUAAAAUGUUAUUGUCGAUUGCGUCUCUCAAAACACGGCCUUACAGUCAUGGGCUUUUGCUUCAAACAAGGUGUGGAACCUCAUGUCUCCACUUGCAAUAUGCUCCUAAAAGGGUUCAUUCGGGAACAAAUGACUUAUGAGGCAGAACAGUUGUUUCGUCUCAUGAACAGACGCCAACUAUAUGAACCUAAUUUAGUGACCUACAAGACUAUGAUUGAAGGGCUUUGUAAGGUCGGCUCUCACUAUGCUGCCAUUGGUUUGCUUAGGGUUCUCCAUCAUCGGAGAUUGAAGGUUGAUGUUGUCAUGUAUAACUUUAUCUUCGAUAGUCUCUGCAAAGACAGAGGAAUGAUAGAUGAUGUUUACCAUCUAUUGAUAGAAAUGUUUUAUCACAAAGUCAUCCCACCUAACGUCCACACAUACAACUCUAUGAUCUAUGGCAUGUCUAAGUUAGGUUAUUGGGACGAUGUCUGUCUCAUGCUUAAAAGAAUGGAGAAUGAAAAAAUCCAUCAGGAUGUCAAAACUUUCAAUAUUAUUGUCGAUGCACUCUGCAAACUAGGUAAGAUAAAUGAAGCACAAGCCGUUAUCGACAUCAUGGAUAAGACCAGUGGUAAGCAUACACCUGACAUAGUCACCUACAAUUCACUUAUUGAGGCCUACGGUUGGAAAAAAGGGGAAAUGCGCGAAGCAAGGAGAGUUCUUGAUUCGUUGGCCUCCAAAUGCAUCAUACCGACUACUGUUACUUACUACAAGUUAGUGCUUGGGUAUAUUUGGGAUGGAAAUAUUCCUAAGUUUUUGAAAUACUACCGUUUGUCAUAUAAUGGUCCACUUCAUGACUCAGCGUGGUUUGCAUCUCCAUAUAAAUUCAAUUAUUUACAAAGGUUAAUGUUUGGCAAGUACAAAGAUGCAGUUGGUUUGUUCCAUCUGAUGGAUGGCAGCGGGAUGAAUUCAGAUGCCUAUGUGCACAUUAUACUCAUUCGUCGCGCAAUCAAAUGCCACAAGUUUGAUGACGCGAGGCGCUUUUUCCAUGACUUACUUGUUGCAGACAUAUCAGGGCAUAAAAAGAUUCAACGUGAAGCGAUAAAAUUUAAAGGUCUACAUGGGAAUCUAGACAGAGCAUCGCGACAUGUGGAUUUUGAAGAGUGGUUUCCUCGGGUUAAAUUGAAUUUAGAUUGGUGA